GUCGUGAGUGUGGAGAUGAUGGCAUCAAUCGGCGAUUUCGACCCUCUCAACACCAGAGUCCCCGCCACCAAGAUAGAAGUUACCGUUUCCUGCCGGAGUCUGCUGGACGUGGACACCUUCUCCAAGUCUGAUCCGGUGGUUGUGCUGUAUUUGCAGGCCGUGGGAACCAAGGAGUGGAGAGAGUUUGGAAGAACGGAGGUGAUUGACAACACCCUGAACCCAGAUUUUGUCAGGAAGUUUGUGCUGGAUUUCUUCUUUGAAGAGAAACAGAACCUGAGGUUUGACGUGUACAAUGUGGACUCCAGGAGCUGCAAUAUUUCAAAACAUGACUUCCUGGGCCAGACCUUCUGUACUCUUGGAGAGAUCAUCGGCUCCACAGGAGGACGGCUGGAAAGGACCCUCUCUGGGAUUCCAGGAAAGAAGUGUGGAGUCAUUAUCUUCACUGCCGAGGAACUCAGUAACUGUAGGGACAUCGCCACCAUGCAGUUUUGUGCCAACAAGUUGGACAAGAAGGACUUUUUUGGCAAGUCGGACCCCUUCCUUGUCUUCUACCGAAGUAAUGAAGAUGGAACGUUCACCAUCUGCCACAAGACGGAGGUAAUCAAGAACACGUUGAACCCCGUGUGGCAGCCCUUCACCAUCCCCGUAAGAGCUCUCUGUAAUGGAGACUAUGACAGGACAGUGAAAGUUGACGUCUACGACUGGGAUCGAGAUGGAAGCCACGACUUCAUUGGUGAGUUCACAACAAGCUACAGGGAACUCUCCCGAGGACAGAACCAGUUCAAUGUCUAUGAGGUUGUAAAUCCCAAGAAGAAAUGUAAAAAAAAGAAAUACAUCAAUUCUGGAACUGUAACACUGCUGUCCUUCAAAGUAGAGUCAGAGUAUACCUUUGUGGAUUUCAUCCGUGGAGGAACACAACUGAACUUCACAGUCGCUAUAGACUUCACAGCAUCCAAUGGUAACCCUUCUCAGCCCACUUCUCUCCACUACAUGAGUCCCUACCAGAUGAAUGCCUACGCCAUGGCCCUGAAAGCAGUGGGAGAGAUUAUCCAGGACUACGACAGUGACAAGCUCUUUCCUGCAUAUGGCUUCGGGGCUAAACUGCCCCCCGAUGGCAAAAUCUCCCAUGCAUUCCCCCUGAGUGGUGACAAUGACAACCCCAACUGUGUUGGCAUCGAGGGGGUUCUGGAAGCUUAUUUUCAAAGCCUGAGGACAGCACAGCUGUACGGACCCACCAACUUUGCGCCAGUUAUCAAUCAAGUGGCAUGCUGUGCUGCAGAGAUUACAGACGGCUCUCAGUACUUUGUCCUGUUAAUAAUCACAGAUGGGGUGAUAUCUGACAUGGUCCAGACCAAAGAGGCUGUGGUCAAUGCAUCAUCUCUCCCUUUGUCCAUCAUCAUAGUGGGGGUCGGGCCUGCGGAGUUUGACGCCAUGGAAGAAUUAGAUGGCGAUGAAGUCAGAGUAUCCUCCAGAGGACGUUUUGCUGAGAGGGACAUUGUACAGUUUGUUCCAUUCAGAGACUACAUCGACCGCUCCGGCAACCAGGUCCUGAGCAUGGCCCGGCUAGCUAAAGACGUAUUGGCUGAGAUUCCCGAGCAGUUGCUGUCAUUCAUGAAGAGCAGAGGAGUUGAACCGCGACUUCCUCUCUCCUCCUCUCCGCUACCGGAGCUACACAGGCAUAUCUGA